AUGAAGAGGAAGCAGCAGCCGGGGGGGCCUGACGGCGCUGUGGCCCGCAGGACGCUGAGCCUGGCCGGGAUGAAGAGGAAGCAGCAGCAGGGGGAGGACGGCGACAGCGAAGCGGAGGAUCCUGGGAUGCUGCAGGACCAGGACCCGGCUGACCAAUCAGACGACGACGCGGAGUAUUACCGCCAGGAAGUGGGCGAGGAGCCCGACGAGGAUCUGUUCCCCAAACGUGCCAAGAGAAAAGCAGGGCUCCUGCACUCCCCCCAGCCCAGGAAGACACUGAGCACUGGGGAGCAGCCUGGCAGAGUCACCAAAUAG